AUUCCUUCCAAAAUAUUUUCCAUUUCGUUUUCUUCUCAUCCAAACACAUAUAAACCAUGAGCCAACUGCCGUCCGAUACUAACAAAACCAUCCAAUCCAUAACAUCCCCCGACUCAACCCAAGUGCCGGCUCCGGCCUCCUCUGCUGAUCACGCUCCGUACCCGAAGGACAUCGCUCCUCCACCGGAGAAUUCGACCAACGUUUCCAUGGGUCACCAGUCGCAGACUAAUCAAGGCACGGCGCCGAUCUCCGGCAGUGCUGCUACUACCAUGCCGACUGAGUCGAAUCCUUACGUGUCUCCUGCUCCGGUUCAAUCAUCUUCCUCCAAGAGCAAGUUGGAAUCAGUGAAGAAUGUAUUGGGGAAAUGGGGAAAGAAAACGGCGGAGGAGACUAAAAAAGCAAAAUCGAUAGCAGGCAACAUGUGGCAACACUUGAAAACCGGGCCGAGUUUUGCCGAUGCCACUGUAGGAAGAAUUGCUCAGGGCACCAAAGUCCUCGCAGAAGGCGGUUAUGAUAAGAUAUUUCGAACAACAUUUGAGACUGUUCCUGAGGAACAACUUCUCAAGACUUAUGCAUGUUACUUGUCCACCUCGGCGGGUCCUGUUAUCGGAGUUUUGUAUUUGUCAACUCAAAAGCUUGCUUUUUGUAGCGACAGUCCCCUGUCUUAUCAAGCUGGUGCACAUACUCACUGGAGCUACUAUAAGGUGGUUAUUCCAUUACAUCAGCUGAGGGCAGUGAAUCCAUCAACAAGCAAAGCCAAUACAGCUGAGAAAUACAUUCAGAUUAUAUCGGUUGACAACCAUGAAUUUUGGUUCAUGGGGUUUGUACACUAUGACGGCGCCGUUAAGAAUCUCCAGCGAGCGUUGCAGCCUCGUACCUUGUAACAUUGAUCUUAUCGAACCUUAUAACGUGUCCCGGAAAGGUUUCUUCGAUGUAGAUGGAAUAGAUGUUGAGCCAGAUUUGCCAUUGUUGAAGUAUCCUUGACAUGUAUUAUAUUGCAUUUAUUUUGAGACACUUCGAUAUUCAAUUGUUUCUUACACUCAUCAAUUGUUGGUGGAUAUGUUUUACGGUUGUAAGGUAUCAUUUUGUU